UCGGACUCCGCUUGCCGCCGCCGCCGCCGCAGCCGAAUCCGCCAUUGGCCAUGGCGUCCGUCCCGGCGGUCCGACGAGCGGCGGGGCUCGCGCGGUGGGCUCCGGCGGCGCUGUUCUCGUCGGGGAUCGUGCCCGAGGACAAGCCCAUUCUGGUGCGUGACUUCGUGAGGUCGGCGCUGUACGACCCCAACCAUGGCUACUUCUCCAAGCGGUCGGGGCCCGUGGGCGUGCUCGAUUCCAGCAUCCGCUUCCACCAGCUCGAAGGUAGGAGUGCAUAUAUGCAGUACCUUGAUAAGUUGUAUAAGAAGCAUGACAUCGCUUGGUUUACUCCGGUGGAGCUCUUCAAGCCAUGGUAUGCCUAUGCAAUAGCCGCAUCAAUCCUGCGUACAGCAAAUCUUUCAGUCCCACUGAAGAUUUACGAGAUUGGUGGUGGUUCUGGAACAUGUGCAAAGUGCAUACUUGACUACAUGAUGUUAAAUGCUCCACCAAAAGUAUACAAUACUAUGAAAUACAUCUCAGUAGAGAUUAGCUCCUCUCUUGCUGAGAAGCAGUUGGAAACUGUUGGUGAGGUGCGAAGCCAUUUGUCAAAAUUCGCAGUUGAGUGUCGUGAUGCAACGGACAGAGCUGGAUGGGGCCGCAAGGAUCCUCGACCUUGUUGGGUGUUAAUGCUUGAGGUACUUGACAAUCUGCCCCAUGACCUUGUCUAUUCACCAGAUCAGGUGUCUCCAUGGAUGGAAGUAUGGAUUGAAAAAAUAAAUGGAAGCUCACAAGGCUCUGAGGUCUACAAACCAUUACAAGACCCGUUAAUUUCCCGCUGUGUUGAGAUUACUGGCAUGAAUGAAGAGAAUGUGUCCGUAAGAGAUAAAUUGGCAUUUGCUGCAAAAGGAGUUCUGUCAAAAGUAUUGCCAAAACCUCGGAGAGCUUGGUUACCAACUGGAUGCUUGAAACUACUAGAUACUUUACAUCAAGCGUUGCCAAGCAUGUCCCUUAUAGCUUCAGAUUUCAGUUAUCUUCCUGAUGUCAGUAUACCUGGUGAUAGAGCUCCGUUGGUUUCUUCAAAGAAGGAUGGCAAGACUUUGGACCAUCGCAACUAUCUUGAGGCUCAGGGUGAUGCAGAUGUUUUCUUCCCAACCGAUUUCUGGCUUUUGGAGAAGAUCGAUCAUGACUGCUCCGGUUUUUCAAAAGAGCAAAAGAACCCUGGCGCAUUUAAACCAGUUAAGAAGAGGAGAACUAUCAUUCUUGAUUCUGCUGCUUUCAUGGAAGAGUUUGGACUGCCAUUAAAGACAAGGACCAAAGAUGGAUACAAUCCACUUCUUGAUGAUUUCAGGAACACCAAAUUCUAUCUAAGCGUUCCUACCCAUAACAAGAAAUAGUCGUCAUAUGUUCUUUCUUGUUAUGUACUAGUCUGUUUGCUGGUCUGAUCAUACCUAUCAGGCUACAACAUGCGGAUGGAAAUCGACUGUGCAACGACUAACGAGCACUAAAUUGCUCCAUAACUUUGCUUACUUUUUGAGGAAAAAGUCCAUUUUACUCCAAACUAAUUGAUUGGAUCACUUAACACCUUGAACUAUUUUUCAUAUCAAAAUUUUAGUCCAAACCAGUAUGGAGACCAAAAAAAAAAGUAUUGUUAGAGAGUAAAGUGAACUGUUUUUAAUAAUUUGAGGUGUAAAAUGAGCGCAGAAGGAAAAUAGACUUUUUAUUUUAUUUUUUGAGAGUUACGGAGACCGAAGAUUUACAUGUUUGAUUUGUCCAUUUCUGUACUUCACAAGCUGCUUGGCUUAAAAGUGAACGAUAAUGUACUGCACAGAAUACCGGGUCAGAUUAUUUAAGCCACGGUCUA